AUGACAAACGAAUUUAACCAGCAAGGGCCAGGCUACCACUGGAAAAUUGAACUAUUCCAACGACUUAAUCUGCCUUCAUUCGCUGGAGUUAAGGAAAUGCUAGAAAAAUUGAACCGGAAAAGAAAAAAGGUCCUCGACUCAAUAAAAACAACAAAGGUAAAAAAGAGGCGGUUACAGUUGAAAUCACAAAGGACACACGAAGCACAGCAACGAAAACUGUGGUCAAAUAAACACGGACACCACACCUACGGAGAGGAGGAGGAUAUGGUUGAGAUUGUCGAGAUUGUCAAGGGAGCAAAGGAGAAGAAAAAGUGCAAGUGUGGAUCCAGUAGCCAUUCCUUACCAACUCACAGAAACUGUCGAAACAACCCCAAAAAUUUAAAACUUGCCGCAAUCAGUGGCGCAAUCAGUGGCGCAACACCGAUCGGCAAUGAUAACCUCGCUGACGAUCGGGCAAUCACAACACCUCAAGUUACAACACCUCAGCCAUUCCUUACCAACUCACAGAGACUGACGAUCGGCAAUGAUAACCUCACUGACGAUCGAGCAAUCACAACACCUCAAGUUACAACACCUCAAGUUGACAAUGUGGAUUUUGCCGACGAUGAUCAAGUCGAAGCUAUACUGGUAUCAGCAAACAGUGGUGCAACACCGAUCGGCAAUGACAACCUUGCUGAUGAUCAGGCGAUCACAACACCUCAAGUUGACGAUGCUGACGAUAAUCAAGUCGAAGCUAUACUGGUAUCAGACGAGGAGCUCGACAUUGACGCCUACGGAGAGAAGGUUGAGAUUGUUGAGGGAGCAAAAAAGAAGAGAAAGUGCAAUUUUGGAUCCAGUAGUAGUUUAAAACUUGCCGCAAACAGUGGGGCAACACCGAUUGGCAAUGAUAACCUCGCUGACGACCGGGCGAUCAAUGAUCAAGUCGAAGAAUAUCUGGCUAUACUGGUAUCAGACGAGGAGCUCGACAUCGAUGCCUUUGAGGAUGCCAUCACUAGUGCAUGUAUAUGUGGAGCACUUAACAAAGCCCAUAGCAGGACCUGCCCUAGGAACUCACGAGUACGCUAUGCCAGAAAGAGGCAACACAGCAAACCUCUUUACGAGGUAGAAGACUAUGUUUAUUUGCAUAGCAAGCAGUUGAAAAACAAGCACAUACCGUGUCGAGUUUUUGAGUGUUUAGAAAAACCAAUAUCAAAGUCUACAGAUUGUGUUGCAAAAGUGGCAUUUUUUCUGAGCUCCAUCAAGAAACAGACUUGACUAAAUCUUCCGCCAGCCACUUCAUUUGUGUUGAAGAAUGGCGCACAAAACCAAGAAUUUCAUUAAGAGCUGCACGAAAAAACCCUUGCAACCAGCAGGGAUGCACAUGUGAACGACUUGCAAUCAAAAGAAAUGUCAUUGACCUCGCAGAUUUCAAGGAAUCAAAAUCAGAACAAAAACCCAACCCAGUUUGGAUAAAAUAUCCCUUGUACACGUUAUGUGAAUCGGACCGUCAACUGGUCACUUUUGAAUCAAAAUGGCUUGACGAUAACAUCAUUAGAGUCUCGCAGCUGAUACUAGCCCAACAAUUUCCAGGCAUUGGCGGUCUGCAACCGAUCACGCUUGAGCAGACCAAAGGGUUCCAAUCACACGCGGGCAAUUUUGUCCAAGUACUCAACGUCAGAAACAGUCAUUGGGUGCUGGUGUCAAACCUAGGGUGCCAGAGUAAUGUCGUAUUCGUGUAUGACACCAUGUAUCCAAGUCUACCCUCCUCUACAGUGGACACAAUUGCAAGGCUAGCAUUUUGCCAGUCUUCAACAUUGACCAUAAAAAUGGUGGACGUGGAUAAACAGCGGAUAAACAGCGCAAUUCGUCCGACUGUGGUGUGCUCUGCUUGGCCAUUGCUGUUGACUUGUUAACUUAUAAGGCUCCCUGUAUUGCAAAAUAUAACCAAACACUUACUAGACAGCAUCUGGCUAAUUGUCUGAGUAAUUGCUGUUUCACACAAUUUCCAGCUUCGGGAAUAGAUCGAUCACUCGCAGAGAUAGCGUUUAAACACACGAUAGAGGUCGAAGUCUUUUGCAUUUGUCGAACGCCAGAAUGUGAAACAGAGAUAUGGGCCGAGUGUGAAAGUUGCCGAGUGUGAAAGUUGCCUCGGUUGGUUUCAUCAAAGUUGUCUUAAAAUUCCGGACAAAGUUUUCAGAGAGCAGGCACCUUGGAGAUGUCGAACAUGCAAAUAGACAGUUCUCUUCAGUUUAAUUUUGUGCUAUGUAAUUACAUUAUGUUAAGUUGAAAAAAAUGUGUGCUAUUUUUAAUUAUGAUGUAUCAAACCUAUACAUAUGAAUACGGA